AUGGAUAAUAAAAUAGAAGAACCAGUAUUUACAUUCGAAAGUAUUGUUAUUCAACAAGUUCAAGGUGUACAAUUUGAUCGAUGGUCAAUGGAAAAAACGAUUUAUGAUAAAUUAAAUCUGACAACUGAUUUACCUAAUACUGAUCAUAAAACAUAUUUAGAUACAAUUAUAAAAGAUUAUUGCAUGAAAAGAGUAUGGACUGAUUCACCAAUAAUAAAAGAUAUAUCAUAUUUACUUCCAUCACCGACAAAUUAUUCUUAA